CGAAGCACAGCUCCUCAGUCUUAGCACUGGUUUAGCUAUAAAACAGGAGAGGCAAGAGAACUUCAUCUAACUUAAUGGCCAUGAGGUCUGGCACAGUCAUUAUAACCAUGGCAGUUUUCUGGGUGGGAACCUUGGCACAGAAGCCUGGCACUGAAGUGAAGAUUCCAUUUCAGACCAAAAACAGGGAUGCGUGUAUUAUGAGCACCAGUGGCACAACUGAGAUGAGAGUAAAAAUUGAAUGUAAAAAUCAGGGGAAGAGCUAUUUGUGUGAGUUUGCUAGUAAACCGUCCUUCUGCCGGGCAUACAACCAAGAUCCACGAAGAUUCUGGGAACAGCUUAGCCAGGAUCUUAAGAAGACCGGUAAUCCAUGUGAGCCUCAAGUGUUUAAGCACAGCAUGUGCCCAAGGGCACCUACUCCUUCUCAGUUUAGGCAAGUUGACCCCAGUACCAACCAACAAGCUGACACCUCCAAGCCAGAGAAGAAGCCUCCACCAACAAAAAAACCCACCACCAAAAGACCAGCUACCACCAAGAAACCAGAGCCUCCAAAGAACAAACAACCAGAAGAUGAACCAAACCCGAAAGCUGUGAAGAUUGCAAAGGACCAUUGCACCUGGUUUUUCCAGACAUUCUGCUCCUAUAUUAUUGAGAUUUUCUUAUAAUCUACAGGUGACACCAAGAAGAUGGGGGAAUUCCACACAGAUGAUUUCCAAUGGACUCUCCUUGUAAAUAGAUUUGACAUUAUUU